CGGCAUCUGUCUUCCGGGUCUUCCGGGACCCUGCUUUCACUAUAUCUGGUCUCCCCGGACCCUGCAUUCACUAUAUCCGCUCUCCCCGGACCCUGCAUUCACUAUAUCUGGUCUCCCCGGACCCUGCAUUCACUAUAUCCAGUCUCCCCGGACCCUGCAUUCACUAUAUCCGCUCUCCCCGGACCCUGCAUUCACUAUAUCUGGUCUCCCCGGACCCUGCAUUCACUAUAUCCAGUCUCCCCGGACCCUGCAUUCACUAUAUCCAGUCUCCCCGGACCCUGCAUUCACUAUAUCUGUCUCCCCCCGGACCCUGCAUUCACUAUAUCUGGUCUCCCCCCGGACCCUGCAUUCACUAUAUCUGGUCUCCCCGAACCCUGCAUUCAAUAUAUCCGCUCUCCCCGGACCCUGCAUUCACUAUAUCCGCUCUCC